AGGUUUGCCAAAUUAAACAGCCAAGGGCGGCUCACUAGAAAAGUUUAAAAUAUUAUUCUCUAGCUCUAUCUCUCUCUAGAAUUUCCCUCUCUACUGCAACAAGAAUGGCGGCAACUUCUAGAAGAUCGUCAGCCGGACCGGUUGUCCGUUCCCUCGCACCCUCCGGAAGAUUCUACGAUUCUCCCUCUCCUUCUCGGUAUUCUUCCCCAUACUUCGCCUCUUCCACCAGCUCCAGCUUCUCCUCUGGAUCAACUACCUUCUUCACCCGCUCCGCUUCUCCGACACGCGUCAACAUGUGCAGAACUUCUCCCUCAGCCAGCUCCGUCCGGUUCUCGCUCGACCGCUCAAUCUCCCCAAGCCGGUCCAUCUCCGUCUCCCCUCGUGGGAACGGGGGCGGCAGCAACCAGGUCGUGAAGCGGCAGGAUCAGAAGCGAACCUGUAUGUGCUCUCCAACCACGCACCCGGGUUCAUUCAGGUGCAGUUUGCACAAGGGGUCCGGUUCGCAGUCGGUGGCGCCGUACUCUCCGAACAGACUGAACUCGCGGCGCUCGGCGAUGACGAACUCGCUGGUGAGGAUCGGUGGAGUAGAAGGCGAUUUGGUGAAACGAGCCUUGGCGGCCUUGAUCCGGCCCUCUUCGCAUCAGCAGAAAAGGCGCGCCGACUUCCUGCCGAGGCCGAGCCGGCUCUCCGUCAUGUCUAUAGCCGAGAAGUGACUAGGGUAUGUUGACCGAUAAUCUCUCUGUCUGUCAAUUCUCCGACGAUGAAGGCGGCGUCGGAGUCCUGGGCUCUUCAGAUUCUUUAAGAGUCAGAUCACGUUGAAACGGCUUGUGAUCUGAGCUGCUCGGAGAAGUAGGCGAUUGGGAAGAACGGACUUGGAUUUAUUUUUUGUGUAAUCCGGUGACCGAUAUUCGAGACAUCUCUGUGUAGAUAUAAUAUAAAUUAUAUAUAUCCGAGGCAGUCAUUGAAGCC